AUGAAGGCAUCACUAUUGACGAUCAUGCUUGGAUAUUUGGUAGCUUUUGCGUUCAUAUCCAUGGUCUUUUGUUCCAAAGGCGGUGAAUUACCUCCAGAAGCUAAGCAUCAAUGUUUGCCGAUGUAUUGGAGUUGGAAGAAGCAGUUGCUAAAGUAUCUCAGUUAUGCUAACGGAAAACGAUUGGUGUAUCAACCCAGUCUGAUGAGAGAGGCGGUGAAGGUCACUGCAAAUUUGCAAGCACCAAAAUCCGGCCACAAAGAUUUAUGGAUCGAGUUCAAGAACAAUGAGAGCAGCAAAUUGGAGAUCCUUUACCGAUUCCGCAAAGAAUACGAGAUCAAACUCUGGAAGAAGAGAAAGAAUAAGGUAAGUUCUAAGAUCAAUCAGCUAAUGAAUAAGGAAAACUAUUGA